AUGCAGAAGGCAUCCAAGCAGGGCGCACUGCAACAUCACUUGCAGUGCGACGCUGAUGUUUCGGAUAGCAAAGUGGCACUGGUAGACGAAGCGUUCGUAGAAUCACUCGAUCCGUCCAGCUUCCCACACAUUUCACACGAUGUGGCAGAACCUGUCAUGGAGUUAAGAGACGUUGGAGACUCACCUCUUGCUUUGCUAUUCUAUUUUGUGCCUAAAUUACUGUGGUUUCAUGUGACGGUCGAGACUAAUCAGUACAGGAGACAAAAGAUUAGCGAGCGUGCCUCGUGA